UCUCUCUCCAUCUGUCUCCCAUCAUUAUAUGUUUGUGAGCUCUCUUCCCUCUCCUAUUAUCAGCUGCGGGACUCCCCCUUUCACUUCCUCCCCUCCCCGACCUGCUUGAAGUAAAACGACCGUCCCUAGUGCUCCAACUUUCUUUGCCUCUGCAUCUCCUAAAGUCAUAGGAUGGCAGCAUUUCUGAAAUCCCUUCGGAAUCUGAAGAAUGAGAUCGUUCUAUUCUCUACCCCGUUACUUCUUCUCCCGCUGCCUUUAGUCAUUGGAACAAAGGAGGCAGCAUGUGCCUAUGUGAUCAUCCUGAUGGCAGUGUACUGGUGUACAGAGGCCUUACCUCUGGCUGUCACUGCCCUGCUCCCUGCUGUCCUCUUCCCCAUGUUUGGCAUCAUGCAGUCCAAAGAUGUGUGUAUGCAGUACCUGAAGGACACCAACAUGUUGUUUGUGGGAGGACUGAUGGUGGCGGUGGCAGUGGAGCACUGGAACCUGCACAAACGCAUUGCCCUUCGAGUGCUGCUCUUUGUAGGGGUGCGCCCCGCUCUUCUGAUGCUGGGCUUCAUGGGGGUGACAGCCUUCCUGUCCAUGUGGAUCAGUAACACAGCCACCACAGCCAUGAUGGUGCCCAUCGUCCAGGCUGUUCUGGAGCAGCUCAACAACUACACAGAGACUGAGAUGCCUGUGAUCCUCAGCUCUGAGGAGGACACCCAGCCUCAGGAACCCACUGACAGCAAACAGACGGAGAAACAGGCAGAGGGACAUGUUGUGGUGACCUGUUUAGACCCGUUUGUGGAGGCUAUCCGGCGUAAGGAGGCUGCAGACAAGAAGAAGAUGUGUAAGGGCAUGACGCUGUGUGUGUGCUACGCUGCCAGCAUCGGGGGCACUGCCACCCUCACAGGGACUGGCCCCAACCUGGUGCUCAAGGGACAGAUGAACCAGCUGUUUCCUAACAAUGGCGAUGUCAUCAAUUUUGCGUCCUGGUUCGGCUUUGCUUUCCCCAACAUGAUCCUGAUGCUGACCCUGGCUUGGCUCUGGCUGCAGUUUGUCUUCAUGGGAUUCAAUUUUAAGAAGACGUGGGGCUGUGGGGAAGUAAAGACAGAGAAAGAGAUAGCUGUGUACAAUGUGAUCAAGGAGCAGCAUCGUCAGCUGGGCUCCAUGUCUUUUGGAGAGCUGAGUGUGUUGGGUCUCUUCAGUUGUCUGGUGGUUCUGUGGUUCACCAGAGAUCCUGGCUUCGUGGCAGGCUGGGCCACAUACAUCUUCAAUGCUGACGCAGAGUAUGUAACUGAUGCCACAGUGGCAGUGUUCAUUGCUGUCCUUCUCUUCGUCCUACCUUCCAAGCCCCCACGCUUCUGUUGCAGGAGGUCCCAAAGCUUUGACACUGAGCACCAACACCCAGCUGACCCCACACCAGCUCUGCUGACCUGGAAGGUGGCCCAGAAGAAGUUACCCUGGAGCAUCGUUCUCCUCUUGGGGGGAGGGUUCGCCCUGGCCAAAGGCAGCGAGGAAUCAGGUCUGUCUAUGUGGAUGGGGGACCAGAUGACUCCCCUCCACACCAUCCCACCCUGGGCCAUCGCUGUCAUCCUGUGUCUGCUGAUCGCCAUCUUCACAGAGUGCACCAGUAAUGUGGCCACUGCUACUCUCUUCCUACCUGUCCUCGCCUCAAUGUCCCAGUCCAUUGGAAUGAAUCCUCUGUACGUCAUGGUGCCUUGUACUCUCAGUGCUUCCUUUGCCUUCAUGCUACCUGUGGCCACACCGCCCAAUGCUAUCGUCUUCUCAUACGGCUACCUCAAGGUUUCUGACAUGGCUAGGACAGGUAUAGUGAUGAACAUCAUCGGCAUCCUGUGCAUCACUCUGGCCAUCAACAGCUGGGGCAGGGCCAUGUUCCACCUAGACACCUUCCCUACUUGGGCCAACACUACUGGGGUUUGAGGGCACCGAGGGGCCACGGUCCACACCAUGAGGAAUGCACAUAGAGGGCCCCUAAUGUGCCAUGGACCUCUGGCGAGAAAGGCACCAACGUGACUGGUCGUGUUAGGUUGUUGGGAGAAAAGCCACAUGGCUUCCAUUACAAAGGACACUUGAAUAACCCUGUGGAAAGAGAGGAUGGAUGGAUGGAUGGAUGGAUGGAUGGAUGGAUGGGUGGAUGGAUGGAUGGAUGGAUGGAUGGAUGGAUGGAUGGAUG